CCUGUUGUGCGGCUCUCUCUGCGGAUCUCUCUGCGGAUCGUGCAGGUUUCUCUCCGCUGGACUGUCUGCGGGUUUCUGGAAAUCUCUCCGCGCCGGUUGGACCCCGGUGGACCGCAGAGCGGCUCGCCGAGCAGAGGAAACGUCUUCCUGAUGAAGAAGGUUCCUUCUCCUCCUCACACACGCAGCAGGUUGCCUCAACAGGCUCUUUCAGUUCUGGCCGUGUGUUUUCCGGAGGAAUGAAAGAAAGACGGACUGUUUCCUGAACGCAGUAAAGAGGAGCUGCCAUGUUGGCCUCCCCCACCCCCCCGUCACUCCUCCUGCUCCUCCUCCUCCAUGCUGACCUCGUGGUGACUUCUGACGCCUCAGGGCAGUGGGUGGAGCCACACGGCGCCCCCCUCUCUCACCUAGUGCUGGACCCGGGGGCGGGGCGUCUGUACGUGGGCGGGGUCGACCACCUGUAUCAGCUGACCUCUGACCUGAAGGUGAUGUCCCAUGUGAGGACCGGCCCCCACCUGGACUCCCCCGACUGCCUCCCCCCCAUCGUCCCGCGGGACUGUCCCUCGGCCACACCCACUCACAACCACAACAAACUGCUGCUGCUGGAGGCGGGGGCGGAGCCAGGGAGCCUGAUCGUCUGCGGGUCGCUCUACCAGGGGAUCUGUGACAAGAGGAGUCUGUCCAACAUCUCUCAGCUCAUCUAUCAGACAUCCAAUCCCGUGGACACGCAGUACGUCGCCGCCAAUGACCCCCGAGUCUCCACCGUCGCCGUGGUGAUAACCACAGAGAACAAACAGGAAGGGGGCGGUGGCGCCCUGCGCUUGAUGCUGGUUGGUCGAGGCUACACCAGUAAAGGUCCCGGUGAUAUCCCACCAAUCACGACGCGGCGCCUGUUUCCAGUGGUGCCGCCUCGCCGGGCGUUCUCUCAGGAGGAGGAGCUUGGCAAGCUCGUCGUAGGAAGUUACUCCGAGUACAAUAACCACUUUGUGAAGGCCGUUGCCCACGGCAACCACGUGUACUUCCUGUUCUCUCGGCGGCACAAAAAGGAGUACCGGACUUACGCCUCGCGGCUCUGCAGCUCCGACCGCAGCUUCUACUCAUACGUGGAGGUGCCGCUGCUCUGCCUCGGCGGCUACAACCUGGCUCAGGGAGCGUGGUUAGGAAACCACUCGGGUGAACCCGCUCUGUUCGUCGUCAUGGCAGCGGGACAAGCAUCCACUCCUGUAGCAACCGGACGCUCUGCGCUGUGUGUUUAUGGGAUGUCAGACCUGGAUGCCAUGAUGCGGCGAGCACAGGAAGUGUGUUAUACAGAGGGAGGCCAAGGCAGCGGCGGGCAGGAAGAGGCCUACAUCGAAUAUGCCGUUUCAUCAAAAUGUCUAAAACUACCUAAGGACUCCAUGUCAGAGUACCCCUGUGGGGGGGAACACACCCCGAACCCCAUCGCCAGUGCUGUACAGCUGCGGGCCACGCCCACCUUCACCUCCGCCACCCAGCUGACCGCCGUCACCACGGCAACAGAGGCGGGACGCACUAUCGCCUUACUGGGAGACCGAGAGGGACGACUGCAUAAGGUAUUGGUGCGCUCUAAUUGGUCAGGCGAUCUGUAUGGCAGUGUGUUGGUGGACAGCGGCAGCGCCGUCAGUGCCGACCUCCUAUUGGACGAGAGCCAGCAGCACGUUUAUGUUUUAACCAACAUCAGGCUGUCGAAGGUUCCAGUGUCUUCAUGCGAGAGACAGACAGACUGUGAGACCUGUCUGUCUGUCAGAGACCCGUACUGUGGCUGGUGUGUCCUGGAGGGCAGAUGUUCCCGUAAGCAUCAGUGUCUGCGCCACACGCAGCCCAACCAUUGGCUGUGGAGCUUUGAACCGACCAAUCAGUGUAUAACAGUGCAGAGCCUGCAGCCGGCCAAUCAGAGCAAAGACGAGCAGACACAGGUAACGCUGUCAGUCGUGCAGCUGCCCGCCCUCACUGGGGAAGAGUCUUUGUCUUGUGUCUUUGGGCUCCUCCCACCUCAGCCCUCCAUCGUCAUGGGAACCAGCAUCACCUGUCAAUCACCUUUGCCGGAGCUCCUCCCACCCAUGCUAACAGGAAGUGAUCACAUGAUCCUGCCUGUGUCUCUGAUGUUUCGUCACGUGACCAUCACCACGGGAAACAUGAGCUUUUACGAUUGUGGCGCUGUGAGCCACUUGAACCAGAGCUCCCAGUGUCUGGCGUGUGUCAGCAGUGUGUGGAGGUGUAACUGGUGUCCUCUGGAUCAACUCUGCACUCACAACCAGAGCUGCUCACAACAACACAUCAUCCUCAACCAGAGGGACUCUCCUGGUCCCACUUCCUGUCCCCUGGUCUUCACCCUGCAGAGUUCUGCCUUAGUUCCGUUGGGCCUAAGCAGCACGGUGGUGCUGCGGGGACGAAACCUGGACGUGUACACAGAUGAAGCUCUGUAUGUUUGUGUCGUGGAAAUCGAAGGUGUCCAGUUAAAUCUGACGGCUGCUGUAGAGAAAACAGACGACAACACACACACCUUCACCUGCAGCGCACAUCAGUUUAAAUAUGCUGUCAGUCAGCUUCAGUAUUUGGCUGCUGUCUAUCUGCGUAGAGGAGAGCGACGCAUUGACACCUCACCUGGCCUCCGACUCCAGCUGUAUGACUGCUCAGCCGGCCAAUCAGAUUGCUCACAGUGCCGGGCGGUACCGGAGGAGUACGGCUGCGUGUGGUGUUCAGGAAGCCCCGCCCCCAGCUGUGUUUACAACCAAUCCUGUAGCAGCGUACCUGCAGACACCUGCCCGCCUCCUCAGAUCACGCAGGUGCUACCUGUCUCUGGUCCUCUGGAGGGCGGAGUCUUGGUAACGAUCACAGGUUCUAAUCUGGGGAUGAGGUACCAGGAUGUGGUGGGCGGAGUCACAGUGGCAGGUGUUCAGUGUCCGCCCCAACCUGAAGGAUACCAGAUCUCCACCAGGGUUGUGUGUGAACUGCAGUUCAGCGGGGGGCCAAGGGAGGGGCCUGUCCUGGUUACCGUGGGAACCACUCCACCUGGAAGGUCGGCUCAGGUGUUCACUUAUCAGGACCCGCAGCUCCUGGGUCUGGUUCCUGAUAAAGGUCCGGUCUCUGGAGGAACCAGGCUGACCAUCAGAGGACGCAAGCUGCUGACGGGACAGAAGUCCAACCUGAGUGCCUUCCUGGGCCUCCAGCCCUGCUACAUUGUGGAGGAGGUGUCUGACUCCCAGUUGGUGUGUCAAACUGGUCCCAGUAAUCGUACAGGCGCCGUCUCUCUCCGGCUCCUUUUCGGUAAAGCAGAGCGGACUGUUGCUAACGUUACUUUCCGUUACCUUGACAACCCGGUCAUCACCGACGCCAUGCCUGCGGAGAGUUUCUACGCAGGCGGGCGCGUAGUCAUGGUGAUGGGCAGCAACCUGGGCGUCGUGCAGCAGCCAAUCAUAUCGGUAUGGGUGGAGCCUGUGGAGGUCCAGAGGGUGAAACGGAGAAGACGAUUGGCUCUGCUCACCGCCAAGCAGCAGCUGGUGUUUAACAGCAGCAUGACCACGGUUUCAGAGCGCUGCUCCGUGCUGUCGUCUUCUCAGAUGACCUGUCUCACCCCAAGAGUGACCCCAGAGGUCAAAGUGAAGGGUGUCUGGUUUCAACUGGACAACGUCAGGGUGCACUUUGAGACCAUCAAGGGUAAAAGCUUCACGUAUUAUCCGAACCCAGAGUUCUUCCCUCUGAACAGAGAAGAUCCAGAUGUUCCGUAUCGCUUCAAACCCGGAGGAGUGAUUGCUGUGGAGGGGCAGGACCUGACCCGAGCGAUAUCUAGACAGGAAGUGACGGCUCGCCUCGGAGAUCAGGAGUGUGAGGUGAAGACUCUGGACAACACGCACCUGUACUGUGAACCCCCGGAGACACAACCGGGGAGCGGGGGGGACGGCAGCCAGCUGCCCAGUCUCAAGGUGCUGAUGGGGAACCUGCAGGUGGACCUGGGCUUGGUGCAGUACGACAGUGACUCUCUAUCUGUCGUCCCAUUGGCUGCUCAGAUUAGUUUAGGGGCGGGAGCAGCAGUCAUCAUCCUAUCAGUGCUGGUCGUCAUUCUCAUGUACAGGAGGAAGAGUAAGCAGGCGCUCAGAGAUUAUAAAAAGGUUUUGCUGCAGUUGGAAACUCUGGAGAUCAACGUUGGAGAUCAGUGUCGCAAAGAGUUCACGGACCUGAUGACAGAGAUGAUGGAUCUGAGCAGUGACGUCGGAGGACCGGGACUCCCCCUGCUGGACUACAGGACGUAUGCAGAGAGGGUCUUCUUCCCCGGCCAGCAGGUGGCGCCGCUGAACCGCCAGCUGGACCUGCCAGAGUCCAGGAGGCAGACUGUGGAGCAGGGUCUGCAGCAGCUGAACAACCUGCUGAACAACAGGCUGUUCCUCACCAGGUUCAUCCACACCCUGGAGGCCCAGCAGGGCUUCUCUCAGAGGGACCGGGGUUACGUUGCCAGCCUGCUCACUAUAGCUCUGCACGAUAAACUGGAGUAUUUCACGGAGGUCAUGAAGAGUCUGCUGCAGGACCUGGUGCAGCAAUAUGUUGCCAAGAACCCCAAGCUCAUGUUGCGCCGCACGGAGACGGUUGUAGAGAAGAUGUUGACUAACUGGAUGUCGAUCUGCCUCUACUCCUUCCUCAAGGAGGUGGCAGGGGAGCCCCUCUACAUGCUCUACAGGGCGAUAAAGUACCAGGUGGACAAAGGGCCGGUGGACACGGUGACGGGGAAAGCUAAACGCACUCUGAACGACAGCCACCUGCUGAGGGAGGACAUUGACUACUACGCCAUGACUCUCACAGUGCUGGUGAAGAAUGGCGUGGAGGUCCAGCCGUGUCCUGUUAAAGUGCUUGACACCGACACCAUCACACAGGUGAAGGAUAAGAUCCUGGAUCAGGUCUACAGAGGAGCUCCUUUCUCUCAGAGACCGGCAGCAGACAGUCUGGACCUCGAGUGGCGUUCAGGUCAGGCGGGUCACCUGACCCUAUCAGAUGAUGAUGUCACAGCGGUGGUUCAAGGUCGCUGGAAACGAGUCAACACUCUGCAGCACUACAAGGUUCCAGACGGAGCGACGGUCGCUCUGAUUCCUCGUUCUCAGAGUUCAGGUGGAGUCCACCAGGUGUUCCAGACUGGAGAGAAAACACCGAUGCUGGAGGGCGAGGAGGAGGAGGGUCUGCGUCUGUGGCACCUGGUGAAGAGCAGCGAAGAUCCAGAAAUCCCAAAACACAGAAAGAGCAGCAUGAGGGAGAGAGAGAGAGCAAAGGCCAUACCUGAGAUUUACCUGACUAGACUGCUGUCCAUGAAGGGGACGCUGCAGAAGUUCGUGGACGACGUCUUCGUGGCGAUCCUCAGUACGAAACGUCCUCCUCCGAUUGCGGUCAGAUUCUUCUUCGAUUUCCUGGACGACAUGGCGGAGAAACAUGGCAUCGACGACCCCGAGACCGUCCACAUCUGGAAGACCAACAG